GCCCCGCCCGGAUGCGAUGCGAGACGCGUUUUUGCCCAAGAGCCACAAAGGAGCACAAAGUGAAGUGAGCAACUCAACACUACAACUGCGGGGCUGCUUUGGAUAAACAUAUCAGGAAUGCAGAGCAGGACAAAAUGGAAAUCUGCCAGUGUUUGAUUAUCAGGUUUGGAGGAAUGGUGAAAUAGCAAAACCGAUGCAAGAUGGCUGCCCACAGGAUCAGAGUAACCAACAACAACAAUGUGCUCCCUAGGUGUAAAUCAGAGGGCACUCUUAUUGAUAUUGAUGAGGGAGUGACUGAGGCGAGUCUCGUAGAUGUCAAAGUGCCUUCUCCCAGUGCCUUGCGUUUGGCCCCAUCGACUUCAUUUGGGACUGCACGGGAAGUUGUUGCCAUUAAGGAUUACUGUCCAUCCAGUUUUACCACCUUAAAGUUCUCCAAAGGGGAUCAUCUCUAUGUGCUGGACACAUCUGGAGGGGAAUGGUGGUACGCCCACAACAACCGAGAAAUGGGAUACAUUCCUUCAACAUAUGUCCAGCCAAUCAACUACAGGAACUCAUCUCUUAGUGACAGUGGAAUGAUUGACAAUCUUGGGGACUGUUCGGAGGAGGGCGCAAAAGAGCUAGACCUGCUAGGGGAGUGGACUGGAGUGUGUCUGAAACCCUCCCUGCCUUAUGACAACAACAACCCUUUCUCCAUGCUGUCCUCAACCAACCCAUUUCUAAAUGGGUCUAUGGAUGAUGUCCUCGAUCAAAACAGCAACGAGAAGCCGAAUCAGUGCAACAGCAUGGAUUUACUUUUCUUUGACUUGCCUUCAGCUCCUAUCUCCACCACCAGCAACACAAAAGGGUACAGCAUUAGUGGCUUCGAUGGGACAUCCACCAGCGCUGAUCUCGAAGCCUUGCAGAUGCUUCGCAAGGACAAUCCCUUUUUUCGGAGCAAGAGAUCCUACAGUUUAUCGGAGUUAUCAACCUUACAAGCUCAGUCAAAUCCUCCAUUGCCUUCAUCAGGGUUUUUUACAGGACUUAAAGCUCCCUCGCCAGAACAGUUUCAGAACAGAGAGGACUUCAGGACAGCAUGGCUAAACCACCGAAAGUUGGCACGAUCUUGCCAUGAUCUUGAAUCUCUUGGGCAGAACCCAGGCUGGGGUCAAACACAACCAGUAGAAACCAAUAUUGUCUGCAAGUUGGACAGCUGUGGAGGGGCAGUACAGCUCCCAGAUACGAAUAUCAGUAUUCAUGUUCCCGAAGGCCAUGUUGCAGUAGGAGACACUCAGCAAAUAUCUAUGAAGGCUCUACUAGAUCCUCCUUUGGAACUGAACAAUGACAGAUGCUCCACUGUCAGUCCAGUGGUUGAAAUCAAGCUGAGCAACAUGGAGAUAAAGUCAUUCAUUACCUUAGAGAUGAAGGUAUCAGUUAUGACUAGGACGGAAAGUCCAAUGGCGGAGAUUGUAUGUGUGAGAAGUGAUUGCAAAGAGGGUCCCUAUUCUCCUGUUCCACAAGCUUACAUUUAUGGUGAUACCAUACAAGUUCAGCUGGACAACUUGGAGCCCUGCAUGUAUGUCGCAGUUGUUGUCCAGGCUAAACAUGUUUCCUUCAGUUCAAAUGUAUGGAAUCAUAUGGUGAAGAAAGUUACAUUGGGCCUCUAUGGGCCCAAACAUAUUCACCCGUCUUUUAAAACUGUUGUGGCCAUUUUUGGCCAUGACUGUGCCCCUAAGACUCUACUAGUAAGUGAGGUUGGGAAGCAAGCAAAAUCUGCACCCCCUGUUUCCCUGCAGCUAUGGGGGAAGCACCAAUUUGUACUUAGCAGACCUCAGGACUUACAGAUAGGCAUGUAUUCAAACAUGUCAAACUAUGAGGUCAAGGCAAAUGAUCAAGCUAGGGUUGUUCGUGGGUUUCAGAUCAAACUAGGCAAGGUGAGCAGGCUCAUCUACAUGAUUUCAUCACGGAAAGCAGAUGAGAUUUCUGACUUCACGCUACGUGUCCAAGUAAAAGAUGAUCAGGAUUGUAUCCUUGCGCAAUUUUGUGUUCAAACACCCCAGCCGCCCCCUAAAACAGGGAUGCGGAACAAUGGGCAAAGGCGGUUUCUAAAGAAGAAGGAAGUUGAUAAAAUAAUUUUGUCUCCUUUAGCAAUCACCACCAAAUACCCACAGUUUCAAGAACGCUGCAUUACCAACUUGAAGUUUGGCAAACUGAUCAAAACCGUUAUCAGACAGACCAAGAAUCAGUACCUGCUGGAAUAUAAAAAAGGGGAUAUUAUCGCCCUUCUUAGUGAGGAGAAGAUCAAACUCAAAGGACAACUAUGGACCAAAGAAUGGUACAUUGGAUACUAUCAGGGAAAGAUUGGACUUGUGCAUGUAAAAAAUGUACUUGUGUUGGGAAAGGUUAAGCCUAUAUACUUCUGUGGGCCAGACCUUACAACCACAAUGCUGAUGGAGCAAAUCCUAAAGCCCUGCAAGUUUCUCACUUACAUUUAUGCCUCUGUGAGGACAAUACUUAUGGAAAAUCUGGGAAACUGGCGAGCAUUUGCUGAUGCUCUGAGCUACGUGAAUCUUCCUUUGACGUAUUUUUGCAGAGCAGAGCUGGAUAGUGAACCCGAGAGAGUUGCCUCUGUGCUGGAGAAACUAAAGGAAGAUUGCCUCAACAUGGAGACCAAGGAGAAGAAGUCUUUUCAGAAGGAACUAAUGAUGGCUCUUCUGAAAAUGGACUGUCAGGGUUUGGUGGCGCGGCUCAUCAUGGACUUUGUGUUGCUGACGACGGCUGUUGAAGUGGCUCCUCGCUGGAGGGAUCUCGCCGAAAAACUGGCCCACGUAUCCAAGCAACAAAUGGAGGCCUAUGAGGCUCCACACAGAGAUAAAACCGGCAUGGUGGACAGUGAGGCCAUGUGGAAACCGGCUUACGACUUCCUGUUGACGUGGGCUGCUCAGAUCGGCGACAGUUACCGCGACGUCAUCCAUGAACUGCACAUGGGCCUGGACCGAAUGAAGAAUCCCAUCACCAAGCGCUGGAAACACCUCACCGGCACCCUUAUCCUCGUCAACUGCCUCGACUUGCUUCGAAGCUCCGCCUUUAGCCCCGCCCCUCAGGAUGACUUUGCCAUUUAAUCUCCCACCCCCUCCUAAUAUUUGCUUGUGUCACCUCACGAAGACCGUGCUGAACUUUUAUUGGAUAUUCACUUUUCUACGUCACCGUCAGCUGUGAGUUUACCUCAAUCCAUUAGCCACAAGGACUUCCUGUACCCGCCCACGUCCAUAUAAGGGCAUGCGGAAAGCCAAUAAAGCCAAAACACAGAGUGUUUUACGUGUAGCUAUUUUUCGAGAUUUCCGAAGGUGUUUUUAUCCAUUUUUGUUCUUUGCGAUAUCUAUAUUUUUUAUAUUGGAUGGCACAAAAUAAAUUUUUACCAUUUUUUUCAAUAACAAUUUUUUCAGAUAAUAAAAGAAAUCUGAAUACAUCUUUGUUCGUUGCUGAAAACGAAGGUCUAUUUUGUCACAUUUAAAUCAUAUUCGUCUUAGUCUGGCUGUUUUGUUUUUUGUUGCCAAACGCUCAAGCCUUCCACGUUUGUGAUUUUUAUUCCACUGAUUUGUCGCAUCAGAUGCUUUGCACACGAAAGAAGCUGGAUUCGUUUUACACGACACAGGAAACGCCACAAACUGGUUACACGAGAAGGAGCAUAUGGUUUCUAAUGAGACGGUGAGUUCAGUCUGUCAGUCAUGCGUUUUAUUUUUUCAAUCUUUCAAGAUGUUUGCAUUUUGUGUGCGCAGAUAUCGCACAAUGUAUUAGGUGUUAAAAUGCAGUGUUGCUUUAGUUUGACUACGAUUCAUUCAUUCAGUGUUUUGUUGCGAAUCAGAUGCAGUCGAUGAACUGAUCAUAGCAUGAUUUCCUUUCGUUUGUGUUCUACGUUUGUAUUUUUGUACGUACAAUCUUUCCCAUUUUAGCAUCUUUCUUUUGGUUGUUUUAAACGAUCAUUUCUUUUAUGUCCUGUACAAGUCAAGGAGAUUUUUUUGUGCUGUUUUGUGACGGCACAUAGGGAAAAAGUGAAUGUAUGUAUUUAUAUAUAAAUAUAUAUAUAUAAUCUGUGAUUUACAGUGGUCACAUUCAUAACUUGUUUUUGUGUUAGCUCUUUGAGAUGUUCGAGAGUAACUGUAUGAAAAGGUAUCAUUCACACGUUGUCUUAGUUGCAGCCAAAUGAUUAGCAAGAAAACUAAUUAAACAUGCUGUCCCAUGUUGUUCCCAUGGAUUCAAUAAAGCAGCUGGAAAAUUUCA